ACGGUAGCCUUCUAGCCGGUGGAACCGCUCUACCCGGAGGACCAUCCCCUCAACCGGGCCAACCCGGAAGUCUCAUGCAAGGAGGAGGCGGAAGUUCGGUGUCGGGAAGUCCGACGACGGGCUACCUCGGCGGCAUGGGCGGUGGUGCAGGGGGUCACACCCCCGGCAGUUCGAGCCCAGGAAGCGAGAUGUCGCCCCAGCACAACGAGAGCCCGCCCGCACCCUCCUGGCCGGGCGAGAUGAAGCACCAUCCGCAUCCGCACGCGCCACCACACACCCACCACCAUCCCCACACGCCUGGACACCAUCCACCGCCACCCCCGCCGCCGCCGCAUCACGCGGGUUACAUGCCUCAGUACUCCUGGUACCAGGCGGAUCCUAAUCCCGGACUACUCACGGUGUGGCCGGCGGUUUAACGAAGACGUCCCCCGAGCUGUGUUCAGGAGGAACCGCUUGUUCGUAUAGCCGCGGACGUGACAGCGCCCCCACCCCAAAGUGUGAAUACGAAUAGCACCUGUCUCGAUGGGAUUCGCGUUCGAUGUUAAUAUUGUUUCCGUUCCGUUUCCACGGGAGAGCCGCGUCCGGUGUCUGUUCCCGUCCGCCGACAGUGGACAGGAUUGAUCGCGGCGUCGCGUCGCGUCGCGUCGCGUCGCGUCGUGACACACAACGUCCGCUAGGGAACUCAUCAUAGUAAUUUAGCCCGCGAAAGCGCGCGUCCCGAAUCUAACGAAUGACCGUCGCCGUGACGCGAGUUUCACGGUCGACCAUCGAAGAGACUCGCGAAACGCUUUAGUGAACCCGAAAAAAAAAAUGAACACGAUGCCCUAUGGUGUUCCCGAGUGACCGCAGGAAUCUCUGCCGAUGAUCGUGCGUGUUUGUGAGACACACGGAAGAUUCAUCCACGGAAGAAAACAUUUCUACUUCGAAAGGAGUAACAGUCGAAGGACAGAGAACCGGGAGGAUCGAGAAAGUAACCACUGGACGAGACUACGGGAAAAAUGUCUUAUCGAAGACAGUCCGAAGAAGACUCGUCGAGUUCUUCGAACGUCGUUGAAUCAUCACCGAAGAUCGAGACGUACAGCCGGGAGACCGCUGACGGAUCGAUCGAUCUGACUGCACCGGCGAUUAUCUGUAGAAUAUCGGUGAUCGGGAUUACACGCUCGUCGGAUAUCUCCUCGUUAAAUGUCAAGACGCCGGGCCCGAUCUCUCUCGAAACCAGCGGCGAACAAUUAUCUGCGCUCGGACAAUGGAUACUUUUCGCCACCUCUCGGUGCGCAUUUCGCGGCGAGCCCAACACCGAGAACCCGCCGCGUUCCACGUUGAUCUCCUACCGGUAAAUGUCAAUCGUCGAUGACGUUAGAUCGGUCGAUCCCUUUUGCGACAGUUGGCCAACCGUCCGCUGACCCACUUCGUGCUGGAUCGAACCCGCGACGGUGCUGGAGAACGGAAAGGGU